AUGACACGCCCACGUGAGGGCUCGUCGCUGGCAGUGGAGCCGCGGUCGACGGCCCGGGCAUGCCAGUUCUGCCGCAAACGGAAGAUCAAGUGCGACGCACUCAAGCCGACGUGCACAACCUGCCGCGUCAGCAACCGCACCUGCAGCUACCACCAUGAGCCCGUCAAACCGCGGCCGUCAACAGCUCUGCUGAAUGCGGCACGCGAGGAAAAGAACGUGCUCGAGAGGAUGCUGAUCCGCCUCAAACUCGCCCCUACGUCGAGUGAAAGAGACGCCUUGCUUGGACUGGUCGGUAUUGUUGAUGGCAAGGUGCACAUCCGAGCCGGUGCACCAUUAACAAUGGCAGGAACGACAAUAAGUCCGCAAGACACAUCGGCGGCAGCGGCGGCAGCCGCACUGGCCGCAAUGCCGACAUCAGAAACAGCGGGAUAUUCGUCGACGCCACCUUCCAAUAUGCCCAUGGCCGUCGACACGGACGGGCCACGACUCGGCCGCUAUCCCACGCCACCAGGCUCAGGAUCAGUAUCACGAUCACGAGAGACUGCCAGCGAAGACGGCAGAGCCGCUGUGUCUGGCUUGGUCGGCAAGAAAAACGGCCACGGCCACGGCCACGGCGAUGAGCACGAUGUCAGUCACAUGAUGCGCAACGACGACGGCGAUGGCGAUGAUGAUGAUGACGACGACGACGAUGAUAAUGAGGAGACCAACGACACGAUAAUCCAAGACGAGGACACAAUUUCAGUGCUACCUUUUGAAAAACGCACAUUCAUGGGCGUGCUGGUGCCGGCUACUGGACAUUCUCCGUCCAGGGCAACCGCCAAAGGCGCUCGCGCCCACCACACACAUUACCACCCAGCACCACACGGCGCCACGGCUUCCACUGACGCUCCGUCCCCCCUCAGCUACCAGCUCAUUGCCAACGCCGCUAUGAGCCGCCAGCAAGAGUACCGUCUGCGCCUGCUGCCCACCAUCCGCGGUGUGCCUGCCGAGCUGGCCCUGCAUCUGCUCGACCUUCACUGGAACCGCCAGCACCAUACCUACCUGCUGACCUACCGCCCGGCAUUUAUGCGCGAGCUCGUCGACGGCGGCGAGUACUGCACGGAUUUUCUGCUGUAUGCCGUCUUUGCCUGCGCCAGCAAGUUUUCUGAGCGCAUCGAGCUGCGCACCGACCCCGGCGACCCGGAGACUACGGGCCACGAUUUCUUUCAGCGCUGCGACGACAUCAUUGCGCGCGAUGCUGUGCUCGGUCAGUCGCGUAUACCCACCAUUGUCGGCCUGUUGAUGCUCGGCGCCACCUACAACGCCCGCGGCUGCACGUCAGAGGGUUGGUUGUACACGGGCUACGCACUGCGCAUGGUCUUUGAUCUGGGCCUGCACGUCGACGAGAAGGAGACCAGUUCAGGAUUCAGUCCCGAGGAACUCGAGAUUCGCCGCCGUGUCUUCUGGGGCGCCUUUAUCUGCGACAAACUGCAGAGCGUCUACUUGGGCCGGCCCGCAACCAUCCAGCUGCGUGAUGCCCACGUCUCGCGCGACUUCCUCGACACAUUCGAAGAGCUCGAGCCCUGGGUGCCCUACGUCGACCCCAUGUCACAGGCCGACGCCACGUCCCUGGCUGCUGCCGGCGGCCGCUGGAACAACGCCGUAACGCACUCGGUCUCUGUCUUCCAGCAGCUGUGCUUGCUGGCCAAGCUUAUGACCAACAUCAUCAACAAGAUCUACUUUGCCACGAACGCCGCGGCCACGGCAACGACGGUGGCCGCAACACCCACCGGGACGGCCACAGCCGCCGCACCUCGAUCGCGCAAGAAGAUGAGCCGGGCGUCGCGGCAGAUUGACAAUGCGCUCGUCCGCUGGUACCGCGAACUGCCGCCGCACCUUGUCUACGAGCCGUGGGCUGCAAAAGGGACCAGCGGCGUCGAUGGUGCAAAUGGUACAACGCCAACCACACCAGCGACACCCAACCUCACCAUCCUUCACACGACCUACCACUGCCUCGUCAUUCUUCUGCACUGUCCUUUUAUCUCGGCAGGGACGAUGGCUGGUGCGACAGGCGCACAACCCUCGCCUGCACACGCUGAAGAGGCCACACACGCAUGGAAACGCUGCACCGUCGCGGCCCGCAACAUCACCAACCUGGCCCUGGCCUAUCGCUCCACCUACCCGCUCCGAAAAUCCAACUACAUGCUGGUCUAUGCUGUCUAUGUGGCAUGCACAAUCCACGUCCACAAUGCAGCAGCCAUAUUCGGAGCAGCCAACCAACACAGCCAGAACCAGCCCCAGAACCAGCCCCAGAACCAGCCCCAGAAUCAGAACAGCAAUAACCACAGCACCGGCGCUGAUAGUAUGACCACCCCUGACCCGUCACUGCUUCUGCGUGCCAGCCUGGCUUGUCUCGAUGAGCUGGCCGUGCCGAACUCUGGCGCCGCCGAUACGGCACGCAUCAUCCGCAAACUCAUGGCUGCCAAGAGCAUCCCCGAGCACCUGGGGCCGUCGUUUAUGAGUGGUGGCGCAGGCUCUGCCACAAAUGGCAACGUGGUCGACGCCGCAGCUUCUUUCUUUAGCCAGGAUGUGGCACAAAAUGGAACCGUCAAUAACAACCUCACCGCCAAUACCACCCUCAACGGCGACACGCUGCAUGGUCCUGCACGGGAAACCACUUUUGACGACACCGACUUUCCCUGGCAGCUGUUUGAUGAAUCGCCCUCCUUCGACCCGCUGUCCCAGCUGCAGUCCUUUUCCGACUUUGGCCUGUCGGGCCACGACCUGCUCUUUGGCUUCAUGAACGGCAAUUUUUCGCCAUCCGCGUUUAUAGGGAAACAGGGCAAUUUGCAAUAA